ACUUGUGGGCAUCGUGUCGUGUUGUCAAUUAUGACAUGGACUGUCAAGUUAACUUUUUAUUAAUUUUAUUCAAUAACAUAAGAAAUGGCAGAUUUAUCAAAAGCUGAUAAAAUUGCAGCUGGUUAUAAAAAGCUAAAAGAAUUUCAACAAAAAAGUCGAAAAUCUGAGCCAAAACAAAAAAAAAUUGAAGAUAAUGAUGAAAUUGUGCCCCCUAAUAAUUCAAAUUCCACGCCUCCAAUGGAAAAUUUUACUACGAAUGGAAAUAAUAUUUCUACAACUUCUCCGGAAAAAUUCUUUGAUGAAGCGUUUGCUACAAAUCAAGGAUCUUCAGAGCAUACCAUAAAUUUACAAGAAUCUACUACAAAUUUUAUGAAUUUUGAUAAGAUUGUGUAUGAAGAGAAUUCAAAUGACACUCAAAUUCCUUCCAUUACCUCCUAUUUUAGCAACAAUCAUGAACAAUUCGCUAAUAAUUUCGAUCAAUUCAUUCAACCACUAGAUACGAAUAUUCAAUUGGCAGACACAAAUCACGCAAUAAUAGAUCAAAAUUUGCAACCAACAGAUACGAAUGUUCAACCAAUAGAACAAAAUUUUCAAUUAACAGAUACAAAUCCUCAAUCAAUGGACAUAGAUCUUCAAUCAAUAGACGCAAAUUUCCAAUUAGUAGAUACAAAUGCCCAACUAGUUGAUAUAAAUCUUCCAUCAACAGAUUCAAUUCUUCAGCCUAAUGAAACGAUUAUUACGUUUUCUAAUGUACCAUCCAAUGCUGAACCUUUUAUCGAAAUUUCUCCACAAGUUCAAAAUGAAACCAUAGUACCUGCCGAAACUUUUGUCGAAUUAUCAAGUGCUGAAAAUAUUCGACAACUUUCAACUGAAAUUAAUAAAUAUAUUGAAUCGACAGAUUCGACAUCUUUUCUAGAAAGUACACAAAGUGCAUUAGAAAAACGCAAUCAAGAAUUGGCGAGUAUCGUUGAAAAUCAACGUGUCGAAAUUUCUCAACUUGCAUUGAAUCGUCAAGAAUAUUUAGAUCGUAUUCAGACAUUAGAAAGUCAACUACAUGCAAUGCAAUCAGAAAUGACAGUCAAAGUUCAACAAGAAAUUCGACCAUUGCAAGAACAGUUGGAGUAUCAUGCUAAAACAACAGGAAUUCUUGUUGGUGAAAGAUCUGAGCUAACAGCAGCAUUAGAAAAAAGUCAAACCAUUAUUAAAGAAAAAAUUAGUGAAAACGAGGAAAUUCAAUGUAAAUUACGUGCAUCGCGACAUCGUGUUAGUGACCUAGAACGUGAAUUAUCAAAUGUGAAAGCUGAAUUAGAUACAAGAAUUCAAACACAAACUAUAGAAAAUGUUGAUAUGUUGAAACAAGAUUUAAUUCAAUCAAAAUCAAGGAUUGAAGAAUUGACAGAAGACAUUGGAGAAUUAACGCAAAAAUUGAAUUCCCAAUCACAGGAAAAUUUGUUAUUGAAACAAGAAUUAGCUGAAAAAAUAAACAAAUUGUCGUUAACGGAAUUAAAAUUACAUCAAAUAUGUAAUAAUGAAACAUCACAAUUAGAAUUACAGGUUGAUACUUUGAAUAAGGAAAAAUUGGCUAUGGAAUUAAAAAUUAAUCAUUUAGCUGAAGAAUUAAAAUCGGUAUCUCUAGAGAAAGAGAAAACUAAUGAGCAAUACCAGCAGUAUGUAACACAAUUAAACGAACAAAUUAAAACAUUUUCACAACAAAAUGAAAAUUUACAAAAGGAAAAUGAAAAAUUACAGAAACGGGAACAAGAAUUAGUUACGCAUAUGGGGACUCUUGAAAAGGAUAUCCAAACAUUACAUAAACAAAAGUUGCCACCGCAAAAAGAUACGACAAAAGAUUUAUCUGAGAUACAAAUGCGUAUUGCCAGUUUAGAUCAAUUGAUUUUAGAGAAAAAUAAAGAGAAUGGAAAAUUACUGGAGGAGAAAAAAGAUUUAUUAACAGAAUUGGAGUUACGAAAUCAACAUAUAAGUCAAUUGGAGGAACGAAUGAACGAUUUAGAAAAUGAUAAGCCAAAUGCAGCUCGUUUAGUAGCGGCAAUGGAAAGUGAUAAAGCAGCUGCAGCUCAAGCCAUUAAACAGAAUAAAAAAUUAACUGAACAAGUUAUGGAAUUACAAGAUAAAUUUGUUGAAUUUACGCAGAAAGAAUUAAUGCUGACUGAAAAAUUAGAAAGUGAGCAGCAUUUAGGCCAAGAAAUUUUAAAGAAAUUAAAAGCGUGUGAAAAUGAAGUCGAAAUAUUAAAACAACAAUUAAAUGAAAAAGAUGCUAGAAUUGUCGAACUCGAAAGUAAUCACAUAAAAACGGAUGUGACUGAUAAUAGUGUUUCCACUCCUAUCAUUACAGAAUCACUUCCAGAGUUGCCUGCAAACCACAAUGCCCCAAAUGUGAUACAUCAACACCAAGAAGAAAUAGCACCUCCCGUAAAUAAAACUGAAAAUAGUGCCUUAAACUCGACAAGCUAUCAACCUGCCUGUGAAAAAUGUAAAUUAAUUGAUGAUCAUUACGAAAAAGUUAAGGCCAUGGAACAGCUAGAGCAACGCUUUAAACGUAUUAUGGAUGAUGUAGCACGAUUAACUGAAGAAAAGCUAGAACUGGAACAUCUUGUAUUGCAAUUACAGAGUGAAACGGAAACAAUUGGUGAAUACGUGGCAUUAUACCAAUUUCAAAGAGGUAUUUUAAAGCAACGAUCACAAGAGAAAGAUGAAGAGUUACGAUUAUUGAAUCGCGACAGAGAACAUAUGAAGGAAAAAUUAAAUGAAUUAAAUAAUUUGGUUCAACAGUUUGUUACAGAGAAAAUAUCUUCAUCCGUAUUAAUAGAAGAAUGUCAAAAAUUCCGUACUGAUGCAGAUCAAAGUGAUAGUCCUGAAAGUAUUAAACGAGCUGAUAAAAUUCGAGAAUUAAUAAGUGAAAUUAAUAGCAGUAAUUUAAUUGAACCUAAAGAAUCAGUUGCGCAUGUAUGUUCAUAUUGUUCAGGUCAACUAAUUACAGUUUAAAAGUAAUAUUAUUUAUUUAAAAAGUGUACAGAGUACCAAAAGUGGUAUAUUACCUAAUCCGAUAACACGCCGCAAAUUUUUGUGUUUCAAGAUAGAUUUUGUGAGUCAAAAUUUAAAAAAAAAAUAUAAAGGAAAAUUAAAGCUGAAAGGGAAGCUUUAGUUUUAAAUUUGCAAUUACAGUAAAUAAUUAUUUAUUUCAAUACUUGUGGCAGUUUAACAAUACUGUUUAGGGUACGGUUUGUAGUACUCUAUACUGACUCCUCCAUUUAUUUAUUAUAUUGAAAUG